AUGCGCGGAAUUAAAAGUGCAGAUAAAAAUGAACUUAAGAGAAUUGCUACUGCUCCAUUUGAAGAGCACUAUUUAUUCGUGGAGGAUUUUCAUCUACUCAACACCAUUUUGGCCAAAAUUUCAAGAAGACUUUGUUUCACAGCUUCAGAGCCUCCUCGGCCAGUGAAGCCUACACCAUUGGCAGAGAAAAUCAUCGGCCCCCGGGACUUGGUGAUUAGUGAGUUGCAUUACAGCUCAAUAAGACUGUCCUGGACUCCAGCUACAGGAGACGUGAUGAGCUACAGAGUUGUCAUCAACCCAUAUUCAUCUACCGGAUGGCUGGUACCGGGGGCAGAGAGGCAGAUUGUCAUUAAUGGUGAUGAGCAUGCGAUACUUGUGACAAAGCUAAAACCCAGCACAGAGUAUUCCUUCACAGUGGUUGCUGUGUAUGCAGAUGAGAUCGGGGACCUAACAACAGCCAGUGGAAAAACAAGUGCCCUGCCUCACGUGACUAACUUUCGAGUGAUAGAGCAAGGGUUGUUCAGUCUGAAGGUGGCCUGGACUCUUCCUCUAGACCCUUUGGUGGGUUACAAGAUCUACAUACCAAGAACCAACAGACCCGGACUGGCCUAUGAACAGAAUAUCAAAGGAGAUGUCUCGUUUCAUCUGAUAGACAAUCUGCAGGAGGACAAGGACUACACUAUCAGCAUCUACGCCGUGUAUCCUGAGGGCCCCAGCGAUCCUGUGUCCACCACUGGCAGAACACUGAAACUCAUGGCAGUGCAGGAACUAAUCUUGGAGAAUGCCUUGACAGAUACCAUACAAGCAAAGUGGCUUCCAGUUAAAGGCGCAACUGGCUACAGACUUACAUGGGGAUCUUCUGGGGGAGACCUUCAGAAUGUGAAUUUAGGUGAUGCCUACCAGUUCUAUAUGAUCCGGGGUCUGCAGGCUGGAUCUGAAUACACUGUUACUGUCAACCCAAUCUUUGGUGAUGUCGAAGGCCCAGUGGUCUCUGGGAAGGUUAAGACUUUGGCAACAAGUUCUGUCCACACUCUGCGAGCGUUGUCCAUCACUACAAGCAGUGCUGUCAUCACAUGGAACGCUGUCCCCAGUGCUACAGGAUAUAGAUUGGCAUGGGGCCCCACACCAGAGUUCGUUGGGAGAGACCGACCCCGUCAAGUAGCGCUGAACGGCAGCACAACAUCACAUCAGCUCAAAUAUCUGGCUUCCAAUACAGAAUACGUUUUAGCACUUUAUGUGGUCUUUGGUUCUGUUGUUGGCCCUGGGAUAACAGCAACUGUGAAAACAACUCCACUUGGCUAUGUAUCAAACUUCAGAGUAACCACAUACACGACUACCUCGGUGUCUGUGGUCUGGAGUGCUACUGUCGGAGCAACAGAGUAUAAGAUAACAUGGACCCCAACAUCAGGUGAAGCUCAGAGUGGGUAUGUGGAUCGCAACACACUGUCUUUCCAUGUUGGAAACCUGAACCCUGGGACUCGCUAUACAAUUAGCAUCCGUGCUGUGUAUAGAAACUCCGAGGGGCCUGCUGUGUCCCUAUCUCAGAUGACAGCUUCUCUAGAUUCUGAACAGGUCCAAUCAGUGAAGGAACUGAAGGUCAUAGAAACUGGAUCCAACAGCUUAAAACUCUCUUGGAAAAAGAUGCCUGGCAUCUCGGGAUAUAGAAUAUCUUGGGCUCUACUGCGAGGAGGUCCUGAGAGGACUAGAGUUGUCCCAGCAGAUACAAUGCUUUACGUGAUAAGUGGAUUGCAAGAGAGUUCCACAUAUACCAUCCGAGUCUCGACUAUGGUUGGAAGCAGGCAUGGAACACCCAUAGUAGUCUCAGCCCAGACACGCUCCAAGAAGAAACCUUCAGUCACGGCAAAACCAAUGGCUCUUUCACCUGUCGCCCUGGUAACCAAACCUGCCCUUGCUUCAACAUUUCGAUCCGAUGCUGGGCAACUAAGCAGCAGCCAAGGCAAGUCAACCUCACCGCCUACAACCAUCACCACAAUCGUCAAGUGGAUCACUGCCACUGCCAGUCCUGCCACUGCCAGGAGAGUCUCAGCACCUCAGGCCGUGCAGGAUAGACCUGUUUGUGGCAGAGCCAAGGCCGACAUAGUGUUUUUGGUAGAUGAAUCCUGGAGCAUCGGCCAGGAUAACUUUAAGAAGAUCCGGGAUUUCCUCUUCAGAAUUGUCUCAUACAUCCCGAAGGUUGGACCUGCAGGAACCCAGGUUGCCGUAGCUCAUUACAGUGACAAUCCCAGGACAGAAUUCCAGCUCAAUCAGUACAAGGACAGGAAUUCAGUUUUGAGAGCCAUCAGAGGAGUUCAAUAUGGAGGAGGCAACACCAGAACAGCCAGAGGCAUUGGUUAUGUAUUAAAGGAGUUAUUCCAGGCAACUGCUGGGAUGCGACAGGAUGUCCCACACAUUCUGGUAUUGCUGACUGAUGGACGGUCACAGGAUGAGGUGGAACUACCAGCAAGGGUGGCGUUUGGUUUAGGUAUUAAGGUCAUCUCUGUGGGGAUUGCGAGUGCAGAUAUGGAGGAACUCAAAAGAAUCGUCUACCGUGGCCCACGCAAUAAUGUAUUUUUCGCGAGCACGUUUGAUGAUUUGCCUUUGAUCGAAAGAGAACUGGUAGAAAGAAUCUGCACUGAAGCUACCGAGAUUGAGUAUCCUAAACAAGGUGGAUCUGAAACCAAGACUUACAUAGACAAUCAACAAACCGAGUCUAUAUCUGAAGCCUCCAAGUAUGAACCUGAAGAUGUCAGAAAGCCCGAAGGUCCCUGUGCAUCCCAGUGCUGGAAGGGUCAGAAGGGAGAACGGGGUGAAAUCGGGCCCCCAGGAAAUCCGGGCCAGCAAGGCUUCAUGGGUUUACACACGAGUGGAGGAUAUGAUUCAUUUGCAUUCGCCGAUAAGGGUGAAAAAGGAGAAAGGGGCCUACCAGGAAAAGAUGGAAUCCCAGGCCUCCCAGGCCGGCCAGGACGCACAGGCACACCUGGUUCACCUGGACCAAGGGGCCCCCAAGGAAUACAAGGGGAUAGAGGGCUCCACGGAUUUAAAGGACCUCCAGGUCCUAAAGGUGACAGAGGAGAACCUGGAUAUGUUCUGGGAGGAACUGAUGUCAUUCCUGGACGGAGAGGAGAACCUGGAUCUCCAGGUCCGAGUGGGGAGCCAGGAUUUCCAGGGGUGUCAGGCCCACCAGGACUUCCAGGGCAGCCAGGGCCUCAAGGGCAACCAGGCCUCUCUAUCAAGGGCGAGCAAGGAGCUUCAGGUGCUCGGGGUCAACGUGGGAAACCUGGUCCUAAAGGUGACAAGGGAGACACUGGAAUUCCUGGAAUUGCUGGAUUGCCUGGACCAAUCGGACUUGAUGGAGUCCCUGGGGUCCCAGGGUCCAAAGGAGAACAGGGAGUUGUUGGGAUUGGCAUCCCAGGAAGACCAGGACAGAAUGGAUUACAGGGAGAGAAGGGCAGUCAAGGGGACAAAGGGAAAGAUGGAGAGCUUGGCCAAAAGGGGAAACGAGGAAUUAAAGGAGAUAGAGGAGAAAAGGGAAACCGUGGAGAUACAGGCGAGCUGGGACCACAAGGAAUUGCUGGACUCCCAGGCCCAAUAGGUUUGAAAGGAAAUACAGGAGAUAGAGGCUUUCCAGGUGAUCCAGCAAAAGGGAUAGUAGGACCUACCGGGAAUAAAGGUGUCCGGGGAGAUAUUGGACCGCCUGGACCCAUAGGACCCAAAGGUGACCAGGGGAUUCAAGGAGUUGAAGGUGAAAAGGGAAGCCCAGGAUUUGGAAUUCCAGGCCAGCCCGGCCUCAAAGGAGAGCCAGGUGAAAGGGGCAAUGUUGGUUUGUCGGGCCGACCGGGUGAGAAGGGUGAAAUCGGCAAGGACGGAGAGCAAGGGAGACCCGGAGCUCCAGGAAGCCUAGGGCCAAUAGGACUAAGAGGUAAAGAUGGUAUAAAAGGGCAGAAGGGUGAACCAGGCAAGGGUGAAAUGGGUCCACCAGGUUACUCAGGGGAGCGAGGAAUUAGGGGACCCUUAGGCCUGCCAGGCCGGCCUGGAGAGAAGGGACACAAAGGAGAUUCUGGAAACCCUGGACAUAUGGGGGUAACUGGUCCAAAGGGACAUAAAGGCGAUGCGGGCAGGCCGGGGCUGCCUGGACAGCCUGGACCAACUGUCACCUCCCUGAACAACAGUGUUAUUAUUAAAGGUGAAAAGGGUGAUACUGGACUUCCUGGGGAAUGGGGUCUUAAGGGAGAACCAGGUGAUCCUGGCAGCGCUGGUCCUCCUGGACCAAGGGGUCUAACAGGCCCUCCAGGGCCACCUGCUUACAGAACGCAUGGCGCUCAAAAGAAUGGAGGUGUGAAGGGUGUGAAGGGAGAGAAGGGUGAUCCUGGAAUGAAAGGUGAAGCUGGGCAGAACGUCUUAACCGGACAGAAGGGUUACCCUGGAGCUAUUGGGCAUCCAGGAGCCACUGGUGUUCCAGGCAUUCCUGGAAAGCCAGGAGCAGAUGGAAAGCGUGGACCACCUGGGAAGGAUGGUGCAAAAGGUGUCCGUGGAUUGCCGGGAAUUGAUGGAAAAGAUGGUGUGAAAGGAGAGAAAGGGGCAUCUGGUUUGCCUGGACCUCCUGGACCAGGAGCCUUCCCAGGACCUCCCAUACCUUUCAAUGAGGAGACUGGGUUCAAUUAUACAGAUUUGCCAUUCAUUCCUUUGCCGGCUGGACCCCCUGGUAUACCGGGCGAGAAAGGAGAAAGGGGGCUGAAAGGUGAACAAGGUGACCCUGGACCACAAGGAAAAGGAAUUGAUGUCAAGGAUUUGGAAAAGCUUUUUGACAUUUAUGGUAUAAAGCUGUCUCUUUUGAAGAAAUUAAUCGAUAAGCUUCUUCAAAGUGGCGUGGAGGAGGUUCUGCAGCAGCUCUCAAGCUCUAAGAAAGACAAAACCACAAGGAAAAUCCAGGAUUUAAAACAGGUGGCUGAGUUAAAAGUACAGGGUUCAUCUCUGAAGUAUGACAUAUCUAGCCAGCCUCUCCCUGAAGUGGAAGGGACGGUAGAAGAACUUGAUUUAGAUACAGCAGAUCCUGGUCAUUUGGGCUUAGCUCAUGUAUACCAGAAUGGAAGUACUUCAUCCCAUGGUGUAAAGGUGAAGGAAAAGCAAAAGGCCAGGAGACAUAAAAGCAAGCAGACAUCAAUGGCAGAUAGUCCUAGUCUGGAUUACAUUUUCGAUGUCACUGAUACAGAUCUUCAUGAGUCAAAGGUGGAACAAAAUCCAUCAGAGAGUUCAGGAAAGAUUCUAGUGAGGAUACGAAGAAUGGAUUCAUGGAAGGAAGACCAGAUACGUCUACCCGGUGCUGCAGGAAUGAGAGAAGUAAAGAAGAGACUGGGGGAGUCUUAUCUCAAUACCAGAAAGUUGAAAAGAGAGAAGCAGAAUAAGGCAAUGAAGGUUGCUACUCCUGCACUGGCAUUAUCAUCGCAGAAAGGUCAAAAGGGUGAAAAGGGUCAAUUUGGUGAAGUAGGACAUAAGGGAGAAACUGGAACAACAGGAAACCAGGGUGCCAAAGGGGAAGUUGGUGAAAAAGGUCAAAAGGGAGAGCCUGGCAUUGGUUUCAGAGGCCCAGUUGGUCAACCGGGAUCUCCUGGACAAAAGGGUGAACCAGGGUUACAAGGUCCUUCAGGGGCUCAGGGUAUUCAAGGCAUCCCAGGUAAUACAGGUAUCCCAGGAUCGCAGGGUACAAGAGGUCCACCAGGAGUGCCAGGAUUCCCAGGAGCAAAGGCAACUAUUGAAACAAAUUAUGAGUUUUUUUUGUUUGAACCUCUCUUUUGUAAUCUCCAGUCUUUCUCACUAUGCAUGUGUGAACAUACCAAUGGACGUUUGAGUAACUAUGGAUACCUGGAAGUGACUGCAAUUCCAUAG